AACGCGUGCAAUUCGCCAAGAGCCUCCGACACGUCGACGACGGUAACCCGACGGAGCAAAGCCCGCUUCCAGUUGAACACAGACCGCGGCGUAGGAAACAUCUCGUAAGAGUCAGGGGUGGUCGUCGUGUUUUUUUCACCGUUGAGAAAAUUGACGGUGAAAUUAUUCAAAUCCCCCGCGAAACUCCGACCAGCUUCCCGUCAAAAUUCAAAUUCCGAUCGACGACUUGACGCGCACUUUGAGCCCGCGCACAACCGACUCGCGAGAGAAUUACGCUCGACCCGAUCAACCGCAGUCAGUUCCCAUACUUUGAACCGCACUCAACGGGGUUAGACUUGUGAUCGCGUUGGCAAAUUAUUGUACAAGACUUUGAACUGGGAUCGGGGUGAAUUGGGGUUUGAAAAUAUUGGAGAAAAAAUUUUAAAAAAAAGAAUUUUCCGAGUUUUAUUUCUAAUUUUUACCAAUCACGACCGACGGUAUCUAUAAAUUAUUCUAAAUCGAAUUUUUAAUAUGUAUAAAGGAAUCGAGGAGAAAAGAAGACCGUCGAACAAAACUAAGUGAUAUUUAAAAAAAAAAAAAAAAAAAAAUAGCGAUAACCGACCAGUGCGGAUUGUCGGACUGUUUUCUUUACUGAUCAGCUGUGAUUUACGCCCCGUAUAUAAGCACAAGUGUCAGACAUUCCCGCCGUUUCGAAGCUGGGAGCUAUUCAUUACCGAUUAGCUUAUUGUACUCAAUGGGACGUCCGCCGCAUUUCAAAUCAAUUCGAUCGACUGACUUUAUACUCUGCGAACUGUGAACCCAGCAAGGAUCAGAACCAGAGGAGGCAUCGACGAGAGGUGGUGGCCCGACCCUCGAACUGGGAGUAGAAUUCCAUGGGGUUAUCCGAAGAGAAAUUCUACCAGCGCCGUUGAUGUAUUCAGUACAAAUUGAGUCUACAGAUUGCGGUAAAGCUAACGCCUAAUUUCAGAAUCACAGAGAGAGAGAGAGAGAGAGAAAGAGGGAGUUCAUUUGAAUCGUCAAUUCGAUUAUUCAACCUCCGUUAUACAUACAAUACGAUGUAUAAUAAAUUGCGCAAGUAUUAAAAUAACCGAAAAUGCCCUGCAGCACGAUAAAUUAUCAAAGUAAAUUAUCAGCUAUUGUAACAACCCCGAAUUCGGCUGGUAAUCAAGAACUUGUUUCGCCCUCGCUGCGAUCAGGAUCCAAUCACGCAGCGGUAAAAAAUCUCCCCUGAAUCCAAAUCUACGGAAUACAACAUCGCGAAACAGAGAUAAAGAACACCGUGACUUGAUUCUUCGAAUCGCUGAUGCAACCAGUCGAGGGUGAGGCGUGUAAUUAUAGACUCGAGCAGGGACGUCAGGAACGUCAGGAACGACAUCUGAUUAGUUGAGUCGUUGCGCAAGUAAUAUACCUGUAUACUCCAUGGCGUUGCACCUACUCAACGAACGUGAGUACAAUGCAAGUACGGUACAAACAUACUUCGGGUGACAUGACAAACAUUUUCAUGCCACAGCUUUUAUCCGCACUCGCGUCAACGUUUCCUGUGCGGUAAUUAAACCGAGAGAUGUCGAAGUGACUGGAAGCGUACCGGCGAUUUAAUCACGCACCGUUCCAGAGUCGAAAAACGUUACACCGUCAGCGUUUAAUCGCGAAAUUAUUUCUGAGGAAAACAUAACGGAUUAAUGGAAUAUACAUGAACGGCUGGUAGCGGUUAUCGAAUAGUCAAAAGUUCGUGUUGUCGAGGCUUUCGAAACGGUACGAUCAAAGCGACACCUCAAACAAAUAACGAAGAGUGAGUACAAUCGUCAUCAGUGUCAGUGCCAUGCGAUCGGUGGUGAAAACCUAGUGAACAGUGUCGAUACCGAGACGCGUCACAUCCAAGAUGACCAUGAUCAACCCGAUGAUCGUGCUUCCGGUGGCUGUUAUGUACGUGACGUUUUUGGUCAACUCGGCCGUGACGACGGUGAACGAAACGGACUAUGAGAUGAUGUACGACGACGCGACGACAGACGAGUACGACGUCAAUGACACCUCGAAUUGCACGGACUACUGCGUUUCUGACGCCGAGUACAUCGAGCUGAUGGAGAACCACAUAUUUCCGGACGUUAACGAUUGGAUUCUGAUAGCCAUGCACAGUGUCGUUUUCGUCGCCGGUCUCGUCGGCAACGCCCUCGUCUGCGUGGCCGUUUACAGGAAUCACUCGAUGCGCACCGUCACCAACUACUUCAUCGUAAACCUCGCGGUUGCCGAUCUCCUCGUCAUCCUGAUCUGCCUGCCCCCAACCGUUGUCUGGGACGUCACCGAGACCUGGUUCCUUGGCCUCAGACUCUGCAAGGCCGUUCCCUACUUUCAGACGGUCUCAGUUAGCGUGAGCAUCCUCACUCUGACUUUCAUUUCGAUCGAUCGUUGGUACGCCAUCUGCUUCCCGCUGAAGUUCAAAUCGACAACGAGCCGAGCCAAGACAGCGAUAAUAAUAAUUUGGGUAGUCGCCCUGCUUUUCGAUCUCCCGGACUUGAUGGUGCUUCAAAUUGUGCAGCACAAAUACAGGGUCGAGACGACAUUUUUCACUCAGUGCGCUCCCUCCUGGAGUCACCAGAGCGAAGCAACCUUCAUCAUCAUCAAACUGGUCAUCUUGUACACCGCGCCGCUACUCUUCAUGAGUAUCGCAUACUGGCAAAUCGUACGCGUUCUCUGGAGGAGCGACAUUCCCGGACACAAUUUUUCGAGCAGAGGGAGUCACGUAAUAGCGACCACCAACAACCCCGGUAAUCUCGAGGGUCAGUUAAGGUCCAGGCGAAAGGCUGCCAAAAUGCUCGUAGCUGUUGUACUGAUGUUUGCUGUAUGCUACUUUCCAGUUCAUCUACUGUCUGUUCUCAGGUAUACAGUGGAAGUUAAGGCGAACCAGACGACGAAGACUAUCAGUUUGCUGGCCCAUUGGCUCUGCUACGCAAACAGCGCAGUGAAUCCUCUCAUCUACAACUUUAUGAGCGGAAAGUUUCGUAAGGAGUUUCGAACGACUUUCUGUUGCCCAGGCGGAGUUGGAUCUAGCCGACGGGGAGCUUAUAAAAUGGCGAGAGGUGGUAGCACUCCGUGUCAUCGAUCAAAUACGAAUAAUACUCGAUCACAGCCAACAAACAACAACAAUAACGUUCAACAAAGUACGGAGGUGAUACCGUUGAGCGCUGUAACGAAUCCUCAAAAAAACGAGAAACGAGACCAACUGUAAUUUUCAUCUAUAAAGAAAUCGAAGAUCCCUCAAGAGCACCUACUGUGGAGUGUACAGUGAAGAAUAUGCAAAGCAGAAAAUCAGGCUAGGGAACUAAUUUAAAUUUAAUGAUUUGAUUAAGGUGUGGUGUAGCGUAUUUUUAGGGUUUGUCUGCAAAAGGAUUGGUCAAGUAAUCGGUGAAACGAACUGUGAUAACGCUGAAUGAUGAAUUACUUUGAAAUAGUAUAAACAGCGGGACUGCAUCAAAUAUUCCACCGGUUUGGAAAACAAUACAAUGCUCACCGAAUGACAAGGCGUUGAAGACAUAAAUGACCUAAAAUGCGCAGUUAAUAAAAUAGUUUUAUUUUCUUUCUACUGGUCAUUCCAAGUUUUCUAUUACUUCCACGCGUGAUAUUACCACACCACAGUAUCGCUGCUGUAUUUCACUUCAAUUAAACUAAAUAUCUGUAUCGCUUUGUUCGUAAACGUAGCAGUUGCUCAUAAUUUAUAGUUUGUAUAUUUUAUUUAUUACCGGAAUUUACGCUGAUUAAACUAUAGGAAAAUCCGAUUUCGUAACUAUUUUAUACGCAUUACAGAACAUUUAAUUACGAGCUUAAGUCUAACUUGCAGAGAAUUCAAAUUGUAAUUUAAAAAGCUGUAAUAUGUUGAUAUUUAACCGAUGAAAUCGAUUUUUGAAAUUCUAAUAAAAAUCUACGUCUAAA